AGUGCACCCAUGCAGUGCUUCAAAUUCAUUAAGGUCAUGAUGAUCCUCUUCAAUCUACUCAUCUUUCUCUGUGGUGCAGCCCUGUUGGCUGUGGGAAUCUGGGUGUCCGUCGACGGGACAUCUUUCCUGAAGGCCUUCGGAUCACUAUCAUCGAGUGCCAUGCAGUUUGUCAACGUGGGCUACUUCCUCAUCGCCGCUGGUGCUGUACUCUUUAUUCUUGGUUUCCUGGGCUGCUACGGUGCUCACUCCGAGAACAAGUGUGUGCUCAUGAUGUUCUUUUCCAUCCUCCUCAUCAUCUUCAUUGCGGAGAUUGCAGGGGCCGUGGUUGCUUUGGUGUACACCACAAUGGCUGAACAAUUCCUGACAUUCCUGGUGGUGCCUGCUAUCGAAAAGGACUAUGGUUACCAGACUGAAUUCACCCAAGUGUGGAACUCUACGAUGGAGGGGCUGCAUUGCUGUGGCUUCAACAAUUACACAGAUUUUAACUCCUCACGUUUCGUCAAAGAGAACAAAGUCUUUCCUCCGUUCUGUUGCACCAACAACACUGACAGUCAUACAGUUGAACCAUGCACCGAGGACAAGGCCAAAAGUAUGAACGUACAGGGUUGUUUCAGACAGAUUCUGCAGAAAAUCAGAACCAAUGCAGUUACCGUGGGUGGUGUGGCAGUUGGAGUUGCGGCCCUAGAGCUGGCUGCCAUGGUGGUAUCCAUGUAUCUAUACUGCAAUCUGAAGUAAGACUGCUUCUUCCUCCUGACUUGCUGUCGUCACAUGGAAACCAGGAAGAGGCACUUGGCACAGCUAAGCAGCAGCAAUGGGUGGAGAUGAAACGUCAUUUGUGCUGGAGUGGAUCUGCCUUUGCUGCUCUGGACUUCGGGCUAAUUAGGGACCACCGCUCGGGCUGUGUCUGUCUUGUUCUUCCACUACUGGGGUGAGGGGGGCAUCGGUCCCAGUGUCUGAGGCAGCCAUGUCUGCCCAUCUCCUGAGAUUCUUGAUGAUCCCAGCACUCCACUGGUGGAUGAAGGCACUUAUAGCCUGGGCAUAUUCUAGCACUGCAAAGUCAUAGAAGGAAUGUACAGAAGGUGUUUUGGAACUUAUAAACCAAUGAAAAUACUUCUAA